CCCCCAGAAUCCUUUUCCCCACGGAUUGGCAGAUAUCUGCACAUGAAAUAGUCGUUAGCCUAUCCUGCACUAGUGACUGCCCAAGCUCUUAGCCACUUAAAUCACUUGUUACUCGAGCAAUUUUCAACUCAUCUGAUCCUACUGUAAGUAACAAGUUGCCAGUAGGUCAGGCGUCUGCAAAAAAAAAAAAACUCAAUCACAGCACUCAGCCUCAGUAUGCGUUCCAAGAUGAGCCUGUCAGCUGCUUGUCCGGCUAUGUUAUAAACUGGCCGAAGACAAACACAGACUGAGUACCGUAUUGGGAAAGUCCUGUCGGACCUCUGUGUCAUAUUAUUACAGGCUAUGCGAUGGGCAGGUUACAGGAAUAUCUCAUGCCGGAUCGGCCGAGAUGCGCGCCCGUAAGGUCCGAUAGCAAACCGCGAUCGGCAAUUCCGUCGAAUAGAUUCAAGCUUAAAGAUAAACGCAACCAAUGCGAUGUAACGCUUCCAAGAGCGCGCAGCGAGGCUGUGUCUGGGAGACAGGAUUGCCAGGAGGAGGCCUACACGUCAUCGCCAAGCAGGGUGGCGUCCAGGCAGACUUGAUUUCUACAUGUACACGGGCGCGCGGUCUUGUGGCGCCCGAAGAGCCCGAGACCGCACCCCACUCGCCACGAUGAUGUGGGCGGAGAUUUGAAGGUGGGAAAUAUGAACACCCGAAUGGGAACUUGGGAGGUGGUCAGUCUCAAGCUUUUCGAAGAAUCGCGACGGUGGGAAGGGAACAGUAAGAUUUUAGUCUACCCUCCCUCGAAGCUGUCACAUCCCGCCCCCACAAUGCAGGUUUGCGCGUAGCGAGCGGUCGGCACCCCCACUUCUUUCCCCGAUUCUAGCUCCGAUCCCACGAGCUGGGAAAAAGGAACUUCUAGAAGAUCAUCAUGUGCUUC